AUGAAGCUUUCAGUGUAUACGUGUUUUCUACUCAUCUCUAUCUGCCAAUUAUCCUUUCUAAGAACAUGCGACGCCAACCAAAUCGACAACCUCAACAAGCUGAUCAAGUCUCGCAAAUCUGCCAAUUCUCCUCAGGCUGAACUGUCUUGGGAAAACGAUUUCUUAGCAGAUGACCGCUUUCUUCCUGUUUACGUUGGAUCCCAAGCUGGUCUGAUGGGAGCUGAUGAGAUUGAUGCUUUGCCAGGCCAACCUGGAGAAGGAAUGGGUUUUAAACAAUAUGCAGGCUAUGUUUCAGUGGAGCCGAAAGCUGGGAGAGAGUUGUUCUACUACUUUGUAGAGUCACCCCACAACUCUUCAACAAAACCUCUGCUGCUUUGGUUAAAUGGAGGACCAGGAUGCUCAUCUUUUGGAUAUGGAGCCCUGGAAGAAUUAGGACCUUUUAGAGUCAACAGUGAUGGAAAGACACUGUUUCCUAAUGACUACGCUUGGAACAAUGUGGCAAAUAUUCUGUUUUUGGAGUCUCCAGCAGGAGUGGGGUUCUCAUACUCAAACACAAAGUCGGACUACGAAAGUGUGGGUGACAAGAGAACAGCCCUAGAUUCAUACACUUUUCUUGUGAAUUGGCUAGAUCGAUUUCCCCAGUACAAAACCAGGGACUUCUUCAUUGCCGGAGAAAGCUAUGCCGGUCACUAUGUACCUCAACUUGCUUACACCAUAGUAACAAAGAACAAAGUCACAAACCAAACGAAAAUCAAUCUCAAAGGCAUUGCGAUUGGAAAUGCUUGGAUUGAUGAUAAUCAUGGUGAAAUGGGUAUUUUUGAAUAUUUGUGGACACAUGCUUUGAAUUCUGAUGAAACCUACGAAGGCAUAAACAAAUAUUGUGACUUUGUAUCUGGAAAUUUCUCGAGCAAGUGUACAAAAUAUCUAAAUCAAGCAAGCGAUGAGCUUGGAGACGUUGAUAUAUACAACAUCUACGCUCCACUUUGCAAUCUGUCAUCCUCAUCAUCAGAUACCAUAUACAUUUCAGUUGGUUCUGCAGUAGUUAAUGGAUUUGAUCCAUGCUCAGACUAUUAUGUCUAUGCCUACCUAAAUCUUAAGGAGGUCCAAGCUGCUCUUCAUGUAAAACCUACAAAUUGGUCAGCUUGCAGUGGUGUUGGAUGGACAGACAGCCCACCAACAAUCCUACCCACAAUAAAGCAUCUCUUAGAGAGUGGAAUAACAGUAUGGAUAUACAGUGGAGACACUGAUGGAAGAGUACCAGUGACAUCAUCUAGAUACUCAUUACACAACCUAAGCUUACCCAUUCAGGCUCCAUGGAGGCCAUGGUAUUCAGAUAAAGAGGUUGGAGGAUAUGUUACUGGCUACAAAGGGGGGUUGGCAUUUGCUACUGUAAGAGGAGCUGGUCAUGAGGUUCCUAGUUAUCAACCAAAGCGAGCACUCACCAUGAUAUCAUCUUUCCUUCACGGAAAGCUUCCUCCUUCUUCAUAAUUAUUAACUAAUCUAAUAACACUUUCAUAUUUUAGAUAUCCUAUUCGAUAUGAAUCACUUCCAUUGGUGAAUAGAAACAAUCUUUGAUUCAGAGUUACAUGUCAUUUAGACAUGAACUACCGUAUCAUGCAAGUGUACGUUGAUUAACAUUCAGUAACAAUAAAUCUUAUCAAUAGUACUGUAAUUUUACC